AUGACGUCCCGAAGAUCUCUACGCGCUGUGAUAUGCACGGUACCAAGUAAAUGGUCCCAAACAAGUCACGGUAGCGCAAACACCGUAACCAUUACUGAAUUGUUGGAAACCAAGAGGAAUUGUGAGGCCCCGGAUCACAUUUUGUUGAGGCAACAGGAGACCUCCGACCUUUUAACCCAGCGGCACAACCUACGAUUUAGGUCAAGCUGCACAGUGGACAAAUAUCGCCGUUUAGAUGCACGCAUCAAAUGCUCCAUCAUUAACGCCGAACGCGAGGCAGUGAUUACAGAAAUGCAAGAAGCUUGCCGUAAAAACGAGGCUUCUUUGAGUGCAUAUAAGAACAACUUAAUCUGUUCACUACAAAUGAAUAAUGCACUACUACGAGCUUCUAUGCGCCGUACAAAGGCGGAGAUCUUCAGGACCGCGAAAGAGGAAAAGCCUACCAAAUUGGACUUUAGCCUGGCUCAAAAAGACAACACAGCGUUUUCAGAGCGGCUGGAGGAGUUGAGUUCAACGAUAAACAGAACCAAAUGCAUCCAUUCAAAAUUACGUUUCCAAUAUCGGACUGUGAAAGAUAAUUUACUUCGUCAGAUUUCCGAAAAGGCUCAGCUCCAAAGAAAAAUUUCACAGAAGCAAGCCAUCAUGGCUAGCGUAGUUGAGGCCGUAAAAAAGCUAAAUACGAAUUUACGAGAGGAAAAGCUACACCAUCAACACCGCCAGUCUAUGAGAAACAUCUACGCCGCGCCUAGUGUGAACGACUGUAUACAGCAAAUUAAGCUCUCACAAAGUAUCGAUAGGGAAAUCAAAUUAUGUGAACAACGCGAGCGCCUUUCCCAGCUCAUCUAUCAACAAAAGCUCAAUGUGCUCACCAAGUUAUGCUGCUCAAUGUCUCGGAAAGGUGCUCCAUGAAAGCUCAAUCGGAAGCCUCCAGAAUACUAACCAAGUCCGUUAAUAAAUUCAGAUGAACACUUUCUCACUGUUGCACAACAUUCUAUCCAAGAACCGGUUGAUCGUUCCAACGUUCCUGGUGAUCUACCUGUUUAACUGAAAUAGCUGCAGGGGGUUUCAGAUAAUCCAAAGUGGAAUCGAUUGUUUCCGGGUGAACGUGGAAAAUCAUGAUUUUCUCGAACUUAAAAAAGUUUUCAUGUAGGGGUCACGAAGGACAUCAAGCGUCCUGAUC